CUCCUUCUCUUGACAACGCCUUUUCGACACAACAUUCCAGUAAUUGUGCGGCCAAUCUAUCAAGAUGGUAAGUUCAUCAACACCGUUCAGCAUAGCAUGCUUGAACGAGAAUUCCGUGGAUCUUGAGGAUCUGCGUUGAAUGGGUCCAUGCAAGAUGCUUCGGAUGAGAUCUGAAGCGCAAAUUGCUGACUCUGGUUUUCUUCACAGCCUUUCACCAAGCUGGUUAAGAACUCCGCGUACUACAGUCGCUUCCAGACUAAGUACAAGCGCCGUCGUUCCGGAAAGACCGAUUACUACGCUCGCAAGCGCCUCAUCACCCAGGCCAAGAACAAGUACAAUGCGCCCAAAUACCGCCUUGUGGUUCGCUUCACCAACCGCGACAUCGUGAUGCAGAUCGUCACCUCCGAGAUCUCCGGAGACAAGGUCUUCUGCGCCGCCUACUCGCACGAGCUGAGGGCCUACGGUCUUGAGCACGGUCUCACCAACUGGGCUGCCGCUUACUGCACUGGUCUCCUGAUCGCCCGCCGUGUCCUUAAGAAGCUCGGCAUGGACGCCGACUUCCAGGGUGUUGAGGAGGCUGACGGAGAGUUCACCCUCACCGAGGCCGCUGGGGAUGAGGACGCCCGCCGCCCAUUCAAGGCCUUCCUCGAUGUUGGUCUUGCCCGCACCUCCACCGGUGCCCGCAUCUUUGGUGCCAUGAAGGGUGCAUCCGAUGGUGGCAUCCUCGUGCCCCACUCCGAGAACCGCUUCCCUGGUUACGACAUGGAGUCCAAGGAGCUCGACGCCGAGACCCUCCGCAAGUACAUCUUCGCUGGCCACGUCGCUGAGUACAUGGAGACCCUCGCCGAUGACGAUGAGGAGCGCUACAAGUCCCAGUUCCAGGGUUAUAUCGAUGAUGAGAUAGAGGCCGAUGGACUUGAGGAGCUUUACCAGGACAUCCACAAGCAGAUCCGUGAGGACCCAUUCAAGAAGGUUGAGGGUGCCGCCGAGAAGAAGGACAAGGACGAGUACAAGAAGGAGUCCCUCAAGUACAAGGGCCGCAAGCUCACAAAGGAGGAGAAGAUCGAGCGCGUCAAGGCCAAGAUCGCCGAGCUCAGAGAGUAAAUUUCUGUACCGGUGUCUUGAGACUUCUGUGCUCUGUUUUUUUUUCUCUUUAGUGCUUCAUAGGUAUACCAACAACAAUGAGGCGUUCUUGAGCAUUUUGCUUUCCAAACGAUUAUGAACUAUG